AUGUCUGGUGUGAACGGCUCUCUGGAGGCCUCUCCAACAGACAUCACUCUACCGGUUCUGAUGUUUGCUGGAGGCGCCAUCGGGAAUUUAAUAGCCAUAAUCGUGCUUUCAGUGUCGCGGCAGGAGAGGAAAUCUUCCGCCUUCUACACGCUGGUGUGCGGGCUGGCGGUGACGGACCUGCUGGGCACCUGCCUGGCCAGCCCGCUCACCAUAGCCAACUACCUGGACCAGACCGUGCUGGAGAACCAGCAUGUCUGCGAGUUUGACUCCUUUUUGUUGCUGUUCUUCGGAGUCACAGGGCUCAGCAUCAUCUGCGCCAUGGCGGCGGAGCGCUACAUGGCCAUCUGCUGCCCGUACACCUACCAGCGGUGGGGGGUGGACCGCCGCUUCGCGCAGAAGUUCCUCUUCUUCACUUACAUCAGCCUCAUCUUCUUCUGCUGCCUGCCCAUGAUGGGCAUGUCCACCAGCAGGCUGCAGCGCUCCCGGACCUGGUGCUUCAUCGACUGGGAGACCAACGAGCCGGUGGCCGCCGCCUACUCGGUGCUGUACGGAGCCGUGAGCCUGCUGCUCAUCCUGGGCACCAUCCUGCUCAACCUGGCGGUCUGCGGGGCGCUGCUGCUGAUGCGCCAGAGGACCGUGCAGCGGCCCGGGGCCAGGUCCAGCGUCCGGCAGAGGUGGAGGGCUCUGUCCUCGGCUGCAGAGACGCAGAUGAUGGCGGUGCUGGUGAUGACCUCCGCGGUGGUUCUGGCCUGUUCGGCCCCUUUGGUGGUGCGUGUGUUUGCUAACAUGCUGAAGAAAGCUGACUCCAUCGCGGACCUGGCAGCGAUCCGGAUCGCCUCUGUGAACCCGAUCCUGGACCCCUGGAUCUACAUCCUGCUCAGGAGGUCCCUGUUCCGCAAGUUACUGAGUCUAUCCAGACGCGGCAGCAGCCCUCGUGGGAGUGAAUCUCCUGUUGCACAGAUGAAUCUGUUCUAUCCUGAGAUCAUCAGGGACAGCCACGUCUUCACACAGCUGAUGUGCAGCACAAACAUCAUGACUCAGCUGCCGGCCACCGUAAAGUUCACCCCACACAGAGACCCGGAGAGCCUCGGCCAGACCUAGAACCAGGUCUCUGAACGUUUGCUGCUCUCUCAGGCUGCCGGCAGCUGAAUGCUGGCCGGAAGAGAAAAACACUGUGGAAACACUGUGACGUCUCUGAGGGUCCACGGCUGGACACCACCAGCCCCAGGCCUCCUGCAGGAGUACUGAAUAAACCAGAGAGGACUGCUGCUCUGCUCCUAUGGAAACGCCUCCUGCAGUGGAAAAGGGGGAAACUAACUGGGAUGUUAUUCCAGAAGUGCAACAAGAUGAUAUGACAAGACUUUAUUUUGUGCCUUUGACUGUCAGAUGACUUGGUGUAGAUGAUCUCUACACCAAUUUGAACUGUUUUAUAUAUUUUAUCUGCUGGGUAGUUAAUUUUAUUCUAAUUUUGAAUGCAGAGAUUUUAAUUGUUGCUUCAUAUGGGUAUUUAUUUCCGAGUGCCCAGCCUCUCCUCAUACAACCAGAGCUUCCUCCUCACC